UCUUCUGACUGCAGGCAGAGAAGAAUGUGAGGAAUGUUUUCCUGUGCUGAAAACCCCCUGCCCCUGGAAGCAGCACAGCAAGCAAACACAGAGGGCAGAAACUGUCUCCUUGCCAUGCUAGUUUUCUAAAUGCAAGGAAUUGUUCUGUUAUACAAAGAAACAUCUGUAGCUGGAACAUGCAUGGCUGGAAUCUUCCACCUGCAGCCUUGAGUCAGGACAGUCCAUCCCAUCACCUCAGGCCUCUCUGCCACCUCAUUCCCAGCAUGUUCUCCACUUUGUAUGGGGCCGGCCAAAACGUUUUGGCUUCCCUCAAAUCAAACAAGGGAGUGGCUUCUGGCAAGCACUCAUCGCCCUGGAAUAUUUAAAAUAUUUAUUAUCUGCCUUUCCACUUUACUGGGACUCAAGGCAGCUUACAGUAUGACAGGACAAGCUUUAAAAAACAUCAAAACACAGUUGAAAACAAUAGUUCAGAACGAGAAAUACAUUUUAAAAGUGGCUAAACAAAUGCCACCCUAAACAAAACACACUUCAGUUGCCCCCUGAAGGUAGAAGUGGGGGAGCCAGUUGCACUUCUGUGGGAAGAUUGUUCCAUAAUCAUAGGGCUGGCACUGAGAAGGCCGACGGCAUUUGUAGUGGGAGCAAAGAGGCUCAUCAUGAACCCACCAACUGAGCUUAUUUGGUUGAUAAGUCAGUCCGGAGGGCAGGAACAUACGGGAGAUGUUUGCAGAGUUUGGGAGGAAACAUGAGCAGGAGGGGACGAAUAAACAAGGCGGGACCUCCCCCAUAAAGAAUGACUGGUUUGAGGAGACACACGUCAGACCAAACACUCCUGAGCCAUCCUAGUUCCAAUUCCGAAUCUUGAAUUGUGCCCCUCAGCAAAUCCAGAAAGAGGUCACUGAAGGAACUCAGUAAGAGGACGUGUGUGUAUCAAAAAGGGUUUCUCACCGUCUUUCUCUUCCUCCAGAGCAGCAGAGAAAAGACACCCCUGAUGCCUCCUCCACCAUCUCCUCCAUGUGGUGAAGGGCAAAGAGCCGCCAUGCAGACAGCUCAGGUUGGCGUGUCCUUUGAAGAGGUGGCUGUGCAUUUCACCCAAGGGGAGUGGACCCUGCUGCGCCCAGGCCAGAGAGCUCUCUACAAGGACGUCAUGCUGGAGAAUUUUGGGAAUGUGGCCUCUCUGGGACCUCAGAUUGCCAAACCUGACCUCAUAUCUUGGCUGGAAGAGGAGGAAGGUCUUUUUCUCCUGGUGUCUGAUGAAGAUGAUGGAUUGGCAGGCGUCAGCAAAAAGACACUCUUAAUGGCUUCUCUGCCCUCUCCUCUGCAUAGCGAAGGGAAAAGAACCGCCGUGCAACUUGCUCAGGGUGGGGUCUCCUUUGAAGAGGUGGCUGUGCGUUUCACCCAGGGGGAGUGGAGCCUGCUGAGCCCAGCCCAGAGGGCUCUCUACAAGGAAGUCAUGCUGGAGAAUUUUGGGAACGUGGCCUCUCUGGUACCUCAGAUUACCAAACUUGACCUUAUAUCCUGGCUGGAAGAAGAGGAAGAGCCGUUUCAUCAGAUCUCUGAUGAAGAAGAGGGAUUGACAGCAGGAGGUGUGUGGGAUUCAGGAAACAAAACAAAAGACCAUCCAGUGACAGAUAAAGAUAAGUAUCCAGAUGUGGAAGAGAACACUGAAUAUUGUAAUGCACUGCGAAAGGAGGAGGGAAAAGACCCACCAAGGAAUAAGUCUGGUCUUUUACAAGGCAAUGCCUUUCAUGAAGUUCCACUACAUCAAAAAAUAUACAGAACAAGCGAUACGAAUGAGCGCACUGCAAGAGAGGAAAUAUUUUCUGAAAAAUCAGAGAUUAAUAUUCACUGGAACACCCGUAACAGAAGAAAAAUGUUUAAAUGCAUAGAGUAUGAAAAAGCAUUUGAACAGACAGAUAACUUUACUUCCCAACAAAGAAUUCACACAAGGGAGAAAAAAUAUAAUUGCCCAGAGUGUGAAAAAAGCUUCAGGCGGCAUGAUCACCUUAUUUCCCAUCAAAGAAUUCACACAGGGGAGAAACCAUAUAAAUGCCCAGACUGUGGGAAAAUAUUCAGUCACAGAGGAGACCUUACAUGUCACCAAAGAAUUCAUACAGGGGAGAAACCAUAUACAUGUCUGGACUGUGGAAGAAGCUUCCGUGUGAGUGGAAGCCUUACUUCCCAUCAAAGAAUUCACACAGCAGUGAAACCAUACAAAUGCCUGGAGUGUGGAAGAAGCUUUGGUAAAAGUGAUAGACUUGCUAUCCAUCAAAGAAUUCACACAGGGGAGAAACCAUAUAAUUGCUGGGAGUGUGGGAAAAGCUUCAGUCGCAGUGAUCACCUUACUUCCCAUCAAAGAAUUCACACAGGGGAGAAACCAUAUAAAUGCCUAGAGUGUGGCAAAGGCUUCAGUCGGAAUGCUUAUCUUACUUAUCAUCAAAGAAUUCACACAGGAGAGAAACCAUAUAAAUGCCCAGAUUGUGGGAAAAUAUUCAGUUACAGUGGAGAUCUUACAUCUCAUCAAAGAAUCCACACAGGGGAGAAACCAUAUAAAUGCCUAGAUUGUGGCAAAAUGUUCAGUUACAGUGGAGAUCUUACAUCUCAUCAAAGAAUCCAUACAGGGGAGAAACCAUAUAAAUGUCUAGAGUGUGGAAGAAGCUUUCGUGUGAGUGGAAGCCUUACUUCCCAUCAAAGAAUUCACACAGGGGUGAAACCAUACAAAUGCUUGGAGUGUGGAAGAAGCUUCAGUAAAAGUAAUAGACUUACUAUCCAUCAGAGAAUUCACACUGGAGAGAAACCAUAUAAUUGCUGGGAGUGUGGGAAAUGCUUCAGUCGCAGUGAUUACCUUACUUACCAUCAAAGAAUUCACACAGGAGAGAAACCAUAUACAUGUCUGGAAUGUGGGAAAAGAUUCACUCAGAGUGCACACCUUACUUCCCAUCAAAGAAUUCACAUGAGGACAACCAAUAUAAAAGCCUGGUGUUUGGAAACAGCUCCACAACUUAAUUCCAUCGACAAAUUCAUACAGGAGAGAAACCAUAACAAUGCUCAGAAUGUAGAAAAUGUUGCUUUAAAUGAAGCUGGAUUAAAAAACUGGAAAGCAAUGCAAUGAAAUAGCAAAAUGCAUACAAUACAUAAUACAGAAAAAGAUUUUUUCCAGAGUUUUAAAUCACAACCUUAUUUCCUUUAAGAAAAUGCCUUCUUAAUCAUUUCUGUUUUAAAUCUGGUGUCCAUGGAGAAAGAAUGAUGGAAAAUACAAUCCUGAGUUCCUUUGAGGCUGAGGCUGCCACCUGUUGGCAUAACAGUGGCACUACUGUUCUGUCCAUAGCUACUGUACCAUCAUGUCUAGAAGAUGCCACAGGGCACAGCUGUGAACAGGGGGAACCAACCAAACACAGAGCAGCAGUCAUGGGGAUCAAGCCCCAUGGACAAAUGAGUAGAGGGUUGGGAAGGGGCAGAGCAAUGUACCACUUGGCUAUGCCUAUGACACACAACCCACCUCCUUAAAAGGACAGGCCCUCACCAAUCUAAAUGGAAGCAGCCUAAAAAAGGGGGGGUUAAGGGAGCUCCACCAUUCCGAGCACUUGGGAGCAUUCAUAGGCAAGUCCACCCAGAAGUAAUCCCAAUGCAAAGCAAUGGGGCCAACCCCCAGGGAAGCAGCAUGGGGACAGCAAAAGGAAUAUGGAGACACACACAGGUGCCGAGCACCAUGGGUCUCAGCCACAGCAGGAGCACCCCUGGUGACCACUGCCUGUGGAGCAGAAUGGCCACCCCGGACUGCUCCACCACGAGCCAUUAGAACACCACCUUCUUUGCUUCAGUCCAGUUAGGCUGUUUCUCAUAGCUCAGGGAGGUCCUUAAACCCUCUUUGUUUUUUAAUGAAAGGAACAUUUCCACCCUCUCAGUUUCUGUUGCCUUUUUGUCUAUUGGGAAUGUAAAGCAGCUUACAUGGUUCUCCUCCCCUCCAUUUUAUCCUCACAACAACCCUGUAAGGUAGGUCUGGCUCAGAAGGAGUGCUGGCCCAAAGACAUUUGGCAACAUUCCAUAGAAGAGUGGGGAUUCGAAGGUGCAAUCCAACAUUCUAACUACCUCACCGAGCCUCUGUGUUUUUUUAAUUUAUUUUACAAAAUUUGCAUCCUGGUGACAAAGGUCACCAAGGCAGCUAACAUAUUAAAAUGUAUGACCAGAAGUAUAAGGGAACAGAUUUUGGACUUAUCUAAAAAGGUUAUAGAGGAUGUGUCUGUGCACAGUAGAAGAGAUAGCAUGGCCUGUCAGCUAAACAUGCCAGAAAGGGAGCCUAGAGACCUAGAACAGGAUAGCCGUUGAGAGGGGCAAGAAACAAAGUAGUAACAUAAUUAUAGAGCCUUGUGUAGAUUAGAAGCUGCCUAACACGUAUCAAUAGACGUUAUUUGUUGAGACCCAGACACAGAGAGCAUCUGAGAUUGAUAAGGCCAUCCAGCUUCACAGAAGUGAAGAUGUGAUUUAAAGAUGGGUGUAUUCAUUGAGAGGCAAACAUAUGUUUAUGUGUAUGAGAAACUUGUAACCACUACUUUAAGCAGACUUCGUUAAGAUAAAACAUGGCAGGAAUGAACUAACGAUUUUUAUAUAUUUUAAGACAUUUCAAGCAUAGAUAACCUCGUAUGGUGUUUGAAGAAAAUUAAUCAGCCAAGAAUAUGUGCCCAUAUCAAGUGGGACAGUGAGCUAUUGUUAGAAGAUGAUUCCAAAACCUAUAUAUAUAUGAGAUGUUGAAUUGAUUGAGAGAUUUUUAAAAGAAGGGGCCCCUUGCUUGUACCCUGCUUACCUUUUGGUAUAUUAUUGACUCCUUAACUCCUUUAAUUGCUCUCCUUUAACAAUG